CAAACAUAAACGAAGGGAGGAAGCCCCAGAUUUGCUGGAUCUGAGAAACCAAACCAAACACAGUGAUAUACACACAGAUAUUCAUGGAAGGGUUGGUGAAUUCGUCAGGAUUCACCACCAUAGGGACUCAGUUUAGGCUUAAGAAGCUUGCUUUUGUUCCUACAUCUUCGGUGCAAUUCACCAAAAGUUUGUAUAGAAAUAGAAGUCAUGUUGGGAUAGAACAACACCAGAGAUCACUCAAAACAAUUGCUGCUUCGAUUCAACCAGUAGGAGCAGCCCCAUCAAGCCGCUCUGGCAACAUGCUACCCUCGAAAGAGGUUCUUGAGUUAUGGAGAAAAGCUGAUGCGGUGUGCUUUGAUGUGGAUAGCACGGUGUGCCUGGAUGAGGGCAUCGAUGAACUUGCUGAAUUUUGUGGAGCUGGAAAGGCUGUGGCAGAAUGGACUUCUAGGGCAAUGAGUGGUUCAGUACCUUUUGAGGAGGCUUUGUCUGCCAGAUUGUCGUUAUUCAAUCCAUCCCUGUCUCAGUUACAAGAUUAUCUUGAGAAGAGGCCUCCAAGGAUAUCUCCUGGCAUAGCCGAAUUAGUCAGCAAACUGAAGGGUAAUGGAACCACGGUCUACCUGGUCUCUGGAGGUUUCCGUCAAAUGAUAUAUCCUGUUGCAUCAAUUCUUGGGAUACCCUUGGAAAACGUGUUUGCCAAUCAACUACUGUUUGGAAGUAAUGGAGAGUUUGUAGGCUUUGACGAAAAUGAGCCUACUUCAAGGAGUGGAGGAAAAGCCACUGCAGUUCAACAGAUCAGGAAGGGUCAUAAUUACAAGGUAUUAGUCAUGAUUGGGGAUGGUGCAACUGAUCUUGAGGCUCGUCAACCUGGAGGUGCUGAUUUGUUCAUCUGCUAUGCUGGUGUUCAACAUCGAGAAGCUGUCGCCGCAAAGGCUGAUUGGCUUGCUUUCAAUUUCGAACAGUUGAUUAGUGCCUUGAAUUAGCCUUUAAUCUCCUGAGCCCAUUGAUUCUUUAUUUCGUGCCAUCAUAUAUCUCCAUUAUGCUGCCUGCUCGUCUGCAUUAUAUAUAUAUAUAUAUAUAUAUAUAUAUAUAUAUAUAUCAGUUCUAUCACUGUGGCUUGUGCUUCGUGUAUAAGAAGAUGAAUAAAGAGAUAGGCAGAGAGCAUUGGGUGGUUCUCAGGAUCCUGUGAUUGUGAAAUGAGUGUUGCAGUUUAAUUUGAAAUAUAUUGUUCCAGGUACUAACUUGCAAGCUUAUGCAUUAUGAAUCUGAUAAUCAAUAUCUUUACCCUGAAG